AUGCUGCACCACCUCAGCUUUGACGCCCAUGCACAGCUCAUUUUGACCACCGACGCUUCCAGCAGUGCUGUCGGCGCAGUCUUGCAUCAACAAGUGAAUAACCAGUUGCAGCCCUUAGCUUUCUGUUCACAGAAGCUACAACCGGUGCAGACUCGCUACAGUACUUUCCCUCGCUAGCCCCUUGCUAUCUACUUGGUCAUACGUCACUUUCGACACAUUUUAGAGGGCAGAGACUUUUCGGUUCACACCGACCAUAAACCUCUCACUUACGCCCUCAAGGCCAAGCCAGAUCGGUACUCGCCCAGGGAAGUUCGUCACCUGGACUAUAUAUCGCAGUUUACUGCAGAUAUCCGCUACGUCCGAGGCAGCGACAAUGUCGCUGCUGAUGCAUUAUCCCGUCCGGACAUCAACACACUCACAUCCGAUUUCGACCUGGCGAGGCUUGCAGACCUCCAAACAGCAGACGAGUCCAUCGCGGACUUACGUACGUCUACUACUCUGCAGCUUCGAGAUGCACCACUUCCUGCGUCACCACGUGCGAUUUUGUGCGAUUGGUCCACAGACACCCCUCGUCCUGUUGUUGCACUAACCUAUCGUAAGGUCGUCUUUGACCACAUUCACUCCCUCUCCCACCCUGGCAUUCGCGCUGGACGUAAGUUAAUUGCGUCUCGUUUUGUUUGGCCGAAGAUGAAUUCCGACAUUGCUCUUUGGAACAAACAGUGUCUCGCAUGCCAGGAGAACAAGGUGCAUCGACACACCUUCUCCCCUCCAAGUACCUUUGCGGUCCCGGACGUUCGAUUUAAUCACGUUCACUUGGAUUUAAUCGAACCGUUGCCACCUUCACGUGGGUACACACAUAUCCUGACGGCAGUUGACCGUUUCACACGAUGGCCGAUUGCCGUUCCUAUCUCGGAUACCUCGGCAGAAAAUAUCGCCAUGGUUUUUCUGAUCCACUGGAUCUCAACUUUUGGUGUUCCAGCCACCCUUACCACUGACCGCGGAAGUCAAUUCCAAUCUAGCCUCUUCCGUGAGUUCACUAGACUGCUCGGGUGUGCGCACAUCACAAUCACGGCAUACCAUCCUGCCUCCAACGGCCUCGUUGAGCGUCUACACCGCCAACGUAAGUCCGCACUGAUGUCCCAAACAGAGUCAGCUACUUGGAGUGUCAAUAUCCCUCUUGUGCUUUUGGGCAUCCGAUCUUCUGUCAAGGAGGACAUCCAAUGCACUGCCGCCGAACUUGUGUACGGUACACCCCUCCGUCUGCCCGGCGAAUUUGUGUAG